UGGAGGUCGGUUGAAACCGGGCUGCUGUGGACAAUAAACAGAAGAUGAGUUUCGAGGCAAAGCGGUGCGGAGUGCAGUUCAGUCCUCCCUCUAUAGUUUUAAUUUAUGAAAACAAAGAAACUAAAAAUGUGCGAAAAAGAAUCAUACCUGUGCGGAACUUCUCGAAAUAUUCUGACUACAGCAUGGCUGCAGAAAGACUGAAGAACCACCCUCGGCACAGGGACUAUCUGCAGGGUGUGUCCCAGAGCCAGCUGGAGAAGCUUCACAUCAUCCUGAGAGAUCACAUGCAAGGCUUCAGUUUGGAGCACAGCCUGGCCUCGUUCCACCUGGACCCUGAAGAAGACCUGAACAAACUGGACGAUGAAGAGCUGGCUCGCAAGAAGGGUCAAAUGGACGAACUGUUUGAGAGGAACCGAAGGCACAAAGAUGAUCCUGACUUUGUUUACGACCUGGAAAAGGAUUUCAGUAAGACAGCCCAGGAGAAGUGCAGCUGGGAUGAGGAGUCUGAUGAUGGAUUUUAAAACUGAAAUUGUUUUUCAGUCCUUGCCUGGUUCCAGAUUUUCAACCAUCCGUGUUCAAGUCAGAAACGGAGUGAGGAAAAUCUAGCACAGCUUAAGUUUACAACAGUGUCCAAUUAAAGUAAUACAUAUGGUUAAUAUCUGAUGUUUGGUAGUGUUUUUCAGGAAAUAUAUAUGUUUAUACACUCUGUGGCCAGUUUAUUAGGUACAAAUAUUUAAAAUAAAAACAACAAUCCUGCAAUUCAUUUGAUUUGGAAGUUAUGUCUUGUUAAACUUUUUAUCAAAGUGUUGAUUCAGUUAUUUGGCAGCAACAGUUAUAAUGCUAAUAUUUGCCCCACGUACAUCAAUAAAGAUCAACUAAAUAUUAGCAACACCACUCAGAAAACACAACACAAUCCAGCUGCACUGCUGUCCAUAAAACUGAACUAAAACAAGUUAGUUAUAUUAUUUAAAAAGUUUGCUACACAUCAAUGUAUUUCCCUUUUUUCCCUCAAUCAACCAACAUUGUUAGAAUUCAUGUCUAGCAAGCUGACGCUUCAUUUCCCAGAUGAUCCACUUUGUUUGAACCAUUAGCAAACAAAAA